AUGGCAGAAGAAGAAGCUGCCGCAGCUGAUGUCGUUGUUCAUGACAUAUCUGAGGAAGAAGAGAGCGAUUUCGACCCUGGCUGUGGCAGUGAUAUUGCUAGUUCCACCACCUCGAUACCAGAGUCCUUAUUUGAUUAUCCCGAAAUUCACGGCAGAACCUACCCUAAUUUCCCAGGUACCAGUUAUUGGUUGCCGAAUGAUAAGGCUGCUCAGGAUACUCUUGAUAUAGCCCACAACAUGUACACUUUCCUACUCGGCGACAAACUGUUCCUUGCACCAAUUGGAGACAAUCCACAGAAAGUAAUCGAUAUCGGCACUGGAACAGGCAUAUGGGCAAUAGACUUUGCCGACGAGUUCCCCUCAGCAGAAGUUACUGCGACAGACAUCUGCCCCAUCCAGCCUACAUGGGUCCCACCUAACCUCUGUUUUGAGAUGGAUGACGCUCAACUCGAGUGGACGCAGGCCCCUAACAUUUACGACUUUAUACAUAUCUGCGGGCUCUUAGGCUGCAUGUCCGAUUGGCCCGCACUCUAUUCAAGAGCUUUCCGUACCACAAAGCCCGGCGGCUGGCUCAAAAACGUUGAGAUGGACAUGCGUUUUAAGUUUGAUAACUGCAAUGUUAGCCCAGGACACAUCUUGUUCGACUGGGCAACGCCAUUCAUUGAAUCUGGAGACAAAAUUGGAACGACGUUUGACGUUGCAGGAAAGAUGAAGGGUUGGAUGGAGCACGCCGGCUUCGUCAAUGUAACUGAGAAGAGGUAUAAAAUCCCGUUUAGUGGCGAGAGCAGGUUAGCACAGUGGAAUCGAUGUUUCUACAACUCUGACUUAGAGGGGUUUGCAUUGUUGGUUUUGGUAGAACGGAUGAAGUGGUCCUAUCCGGCAGUUCUGCUAUAUUUAGCUGAAGUUAGAGCGGCGUUACGUCAAGCGGCAACCUAUGCUUUCUAUUACUAUCCUCUGAGUUUGCCAAAGCUACAACGCGAUCUGAACAGGAAACUUCAAGCACGUACACAUUCAGCGAUGUCGACCAGCCAGCAACGGGUUGAUAGUAGUGUUGAAUCCAACGACAAAGCACUUGAAGAGCAAGCAACUCAAAUGUGCGGAGAAAGUCUAGUCUUGGAAUCAACCGAGGCAAUAGUGAAAGAACUUGACGUAGUGCCUCCAGCAGUCGUCGCUGUGUUGAUCAAAUUGCAUGGUGACCGUGGAGCUCUAAGGGUCUAUGCGCAGCCGCUCAUCAACGUGGUCGCUGGCCCAGGGCAUGGUCCCGGAUAUAUCAUUGUUAACGUGUCUGGGAAGGACACUACAAUCUUUGGCUUCUUUCCCCGCAAGUCGUUGUACGAUUGGCUUAAACUUUCCAACGAUGACGUUGGAAAGUUUAAGCCAAUCGUACAACGACUUGCCCUCUGGCUAGACCUAGGCCAGCCGUCAACACUACCGAAGUCGACGCGUCCAAAAGUUUUAAUCGUGACUGAGCGGGACGAUGCCCACAACAAUGAUGAGUCUGACCUUAAGGCAUUCAAGCGGAUGCUGAGCAACGAGACAACGAUGGAUGUCUCGGAACAAUUUUCAGACAUCCAAAUCCUUGGCUUGGCUAGCCGCAAUAAAAAUCUCUCAAAUAAAGCCAGGCACCGAGAGCUGUUCGAGCGCUUACUAAACUUUUCUGACCAGGUACGAGAGGCCAGGAUUACUGCAGAGGUGCUCUUCUCUGCUCACCACCUCACUGCUUUUUUUCACUACGCUUUGAGACAUGUGAACUCGCCUUUACCAUUUAACUUCAUAUCUGCGUCACAAUCUGAGAACCCCGUGGCAAGCGACUUGCGGGACCAUCUAGUCGACUUCCUUGGCAAAAUUAUAACUCCCCAAAAGUUGCUGCAUGCGAGGUCUACAUCUGCAGCACCAGGAAUAUUCACCCCAAAGAAGAUUGAAGACCUGGGAAAGUUCUAG